ACAUUUCCUGGAAGGGGUGUCCUGGUUGUGAUGUAACAAGGAGGAUCGGAUCGGUCUGGCAGGCGAGUGGCAGGAGAAACAGGCGCAGAGCUGGUGAACAGCACUCAUGCUGAGAGCCCACCCCUGUGCUGAGAUAGAGCAACACAGGGCUGUCUUUUCCACUCCAGAGCCUGUGAGAAGUUUGUUCUAUAUCAAGACGCUCGGUUCUGCCAUGUCGGAAGCAGGACCCCUGAUGCAGCGGUUCCUCCAGGGGCAGCCCAGAGUCUUAGGGGCCCUCUUGCUGUUGGUGGGGCUGCUGCAGGUGGCCUUUGGUGUCCUCUUGGCCAUUUCCCCCUGCGUCUAUAGGGAUGAGCUGCAUGUCCACUUUUACUCAGCAGUGCUGUUGCUCUUGGCUGGAAUCAUCACUCUGGCUGCAGACACAACACACAGCCUGGCCCUGGUGAAAGCCUGCCUGGUCAUUUACAUCAUCUGCACAGCGGUGGUGGGCAUGAUCAACUUAUUCUACCUUGUGGACUUGGUGUAUGAUCCCCGUAACCGGUACAUCCAGUGUCCUUCCAGCAACAGGUUGCACUGCAGGCGGCUGUACCAGAUCUCGCACUAUUGCACGGGCAUGCGGGCCAUCAUCCUGAUCUUAACCUCACUGGGGUUCUUCGUUUCCAUUGCCCUGGCAGCCUUCGGAUGCAAAGCGGUGUGUCGUCAGAACUCUGCUGAUGAUGUGCCGGUCGCCGCCCUGACGAAUCCGCCCGCUUCCCACGAGGCCGCCGUGGAGCCCGAGCCUGUGGUGUCAGAGGGACCUGCGGCGUGAGUGUCCCCUGGUGGAGAGACCGACAGCCCCCCUCAGCAAGCAGCUACCCUGUGUCCCUCAGCGAGAGGUGUUUCUGUUUCACCCUCUCUGCCUUCCCUCCAUCAUCCCCCCUUGUGGAAAAGCCCCUGCUAACUGCCGUUGUGUGUUGUUGCUGCUCACAUGCCCCCUGCUGGACUACCGCACCAUUGCGCCAUGGUGCAAGCGCCCCCCAAAAUCUGUUAAUGUCUUGCAAGCCAAGGGCCUGUCCUGCAAAAUCCUGGAUGGGGAGAGGAUGGCAUAGCACCAUCUGAUGGGCCCUGCAACUAGCUAACAGGAAGUGGGCUAGAGAGAGGCGCAGAGCCUGGCACAGGUUAUGGAUUCCCUCAACCAAGCUCUGAACCCAGCUUCAUCCAUUAUGUGUAAUUGUUAUGUGAAGGCAUCUCCCUGAAACCUGGAACUCUCUGAUUCAUGGAGCCAUAGAUUCUAAGGCCAGAAGGCACCGUUAAAUCAUCUACUCUGACCUUCUGUGUAACACAGGUCAGCGCAUGUCACUCAGUUACCCCUGCACAGAGCCUGAUAACUUGUAUUCAGCUGAAGCCUCUUCCACAAAGGCAUCAGUCUUGAUCUGAAGCUACCAAGAAAUGGAGAAUCCAUCACUUCCCUUGGUAGUCUGUUAAUCGUGUGCACCAUUAGAAAUUUGUGCCUAAUUUCUAAUUUAAUUUGUCUGGCUUCAGCUUACAGCCAUCGGUUCUCGUUAUGCCUUUCUCUGCUCGAUUACAGAGCCCUGGUAUUUGAUCUUCCACAAGAAGUCUACCGGGGGCAUCUCCUCCUGCUUUAAUUGGUGGGUCUAUCAGCGAAGCUGCAGGCACGGAUCAUGACAUGUGUUAUUUCUCCAAAGGAAUGGCUUUGCGGCUGAUUGAGGUGUGCUGCCAUUCCCCGCAGGAUAGUUUCUUAACGUGUAGAACACCCCCUUCUUCAAAAAAUAAACAAACAAUCCAGUUUCA